CCCCCGCUCACCCGAAGUUCUACUUUCGAUCGCUCGAUCUCCUUGAUCUCGAGCCUCCUCCCGUUCUCCCCUCGGAUUGACGAUCUUCCGAGUGACCCCCAAGUCGUCGAACGCCGCUCUCUGUCGUUUGAGGUGGAUUCGUUCGGCCCUCUUCUCGAAUAUAGAGAACCCUAAUCUUGAUCUUUUGUUCUUGGUCUCUUUGUGGAUCUCCCUUGCUUUCGUCGGAGUUCUGCUCAGCUUUCCUUUGCUGAUCGGGGCGAGUUCAUUUGGUCGAGACGAGUUCGAGAUGCACCCUCGAACGGGUACGAGCCCCAAUUUCUGCGAGCAGCAGCAGAGCCAGCAAUGGUUGAGGGGAAAUCAGAUGGGAGGCGAUUCUGGUGCUGCUGAAGUAGUGGAAUUUGUUCAAUCUGAAUAGAUCAAUCGGAAGCCACAAUUUGAAAGAGUUCCUUAUGGUGCCUGCCUGGUUGAUGGAUAUUUGCGUGCUCUUUGACUAUCUCAUUAAGCUUAUCGAGCACGUCAGUUUGGAUUCGGUGUUGGUGAAGUUGUCAGAGGUAUUUAACACGCCAGAAGAAUAAAAAGCAGCGGCCUUUGUCAUGAGAUCUAUUGUUCUUCUUGGUCAUAGAUCGGGUAGGAUACUCUCGGGUUCCUGUCUUUGGGUUUGGCCUUCGAGAAGCCUUUGCAGCAAUCAGUGCGGAAAGGAUGAUGGGUUUCCAAAAGAUAGCAGCAAGAAAGUUGAUCCUGGGCAUCUUGGAAUUUCUCCAGAAAGGGUCCGUAGAGACAAAGAAGCAUUUCCCUCAAAGGAUGCUGAAGAAAGAUUGGAUUUUGCAGAUAAUAAGUUUGAUUUUGGGGGAAAUAAUGAGGAAGAGUUGGAGUGUGGACACCUCCCUGAGGAGACCCUUCUUGGUUUCUCAAUUGGUGGUACAGACACAGCAGAUGAUGAUGAUCAGAGCGAUCGCUGUGGCAACAUUAAUCCUCGACGGAGGUUUAUAGAGGGUAAUAAGGCUGAAGCUGACAGGGUGUUUGAGAUCUUACAACAGGAUGGGCCUGCAUUCAAUGUCCGGUCAGCACUAGAUGAGCUGCGUCUGCAUGUCUCCAAUGCAUUGGUGAGAGAAGUUCUUCUCCGCAUUCUUAUGUCUAUAAAUGGUGCCAACAGGUUGCGGUGUGCCAAAUUGGCCUAUAAGUUCUUUGUGUGGUCGGGUCAACAGAUGGACUACAGGCAUAACACUAACAGCUAUAAUCUUACCCUGAAAGUUUUUGCAGAAGCUAAGGAAUUGAAAGCCAUGUGGAGACUGAUGGAUGAGAUGAUCGAGAAAGCAUUGCCAAUCACUGCACGCACAUUUAUAAUAUUGAUUUGCACUUGUGGAGAGGCUGGCAUGGCCAGGAAGGUGGUCGAGAGGUUUAUAAAAUCCAAAAAUUUUAUCUACCGGCCUUUCAAGCACUCCUUCAAUGCAAUUCUCCAUUCUCUUCUAACUGUGAAUCAGUAUUGGUUGGUAGAGUGGGUUCAUCAAAAGAUGCUGCUCGAGGGGUACUCGCCAGAUGUUUUGACCUAUAAUGUCGUCAUGCGUGCUAAAUACAUGCUAGGAAAGUUGGAUCAGUUCCAUAGAUUGCUUGAUGAGAUGGGGAAAAAUGGGUUUGCUCCCGACCUCCACACGUAUAAUCUCAUGCUCCAUGUGCUUGGGAAAAGUAAUAAACCACUUUCUGCACUUAAACUUUUAAACUAUAUGAACGAUGUAGGCUGCCAUCCUAGUGUUCUUCAUUUUACCACUUUGAUUGAUGGGCUUAGUCGUGCUGAGAAUGUUGAUGCUUGCAAAUACUUUUAUGAUGAGAUGGUUAAGAAAGGGUGUGAACCAGAUGUAGUAUGUUAUACUGUGAUGAUAACUGGCUAUGUAAUUGCAGGAGAGUUUGAUAAGGCACAGGAAAUAUUUCAAGAUAUGUUAAUCAGCGGGCAACUUCCAAAUGUUUUUACAUACAAUGCUAUUAUCCGUGGGUUUUGCAUUACUGGGAAGUUUGACGAGGCAUGUUCCAUGUUGAAGGAUAUGGAUACAAGGGGCUGCACUCCAAACUUCUCAGUAUACAGCAGUUUAGUUGCAAGAUUAAGAAAUGCAGGAAAGGUUUCUCAAGCAAAUGAUAUAAUCAACUAUAUGGUAGAGAAAGGUCACUAUCUUCAUUUAGUAUCAAGGUUCAAGGGUUACAGAAGACGUUAGCUGAAAUUGUAUGAAUGGCCAUUUGUGAACUGUGGAUACCAUUCUUUUUAGCUAAAUGGUGUUUGCAGGAGUUGAAGUAACAGAGACUAUUUACCUCAAGCAUUUUAUGAGGAUUAGAUCCUCAAGCUUAUCUUGUUUCUCUUUUAUCUUUAGUAUCUUAGGCAGCAAAGAAAGAGAAAAUGGUUCCAAUGGUUGUUCUUUUCGGAUCAUAACUUAUCAAGGAAGUACUAUUAGGUAGUAAGUAUUCCAGAAAUCAAAGGCAUUUUAUAUUUGUACUUGACAAAAUUAACAGAAAGUUUGAUUCAGCUAAUAAAUUAGAUUUGUUUCAACUCUUGGUUUGUUGAGCUCCCUAGGUGAGCUCAUGGUACUAGUGUAUACCUGAUAAUUCAGGAAGGUCCUAUACUAAACUAUGUUCUGGCAUUGGAAACUUUACAAAGCGUUUUUCCUAGUCAGUUCUUUUC